UCCACUUCCAGUAAAAAAAAAAAAAAAAAAAAAUCCCCCUCCACAACCGAGCUUCAUCCCUGUGCGAGAUGAAAAAUUGGGAAAAAUGACAAGGGAGCACGGGCUCUCCUUCAUUCCUCUGCUUCCAAUGCGCCCUCCCGCAUUAAUCGACGACCGCCCGCUGCCGAUUUCUUUAGUGGUUCGCCCUGCCUGCCAACCUCAGCGGUCGCAACCCCUUUCUCUCCAUGCUCUCUCGGCCGCGCCAACCAGCCGCACCGCCGCCUGUUAGUUUGGUGGCUCGUCCCGCAGGCAAUCAUCAGCAGUCACCGCCAGGAGCCAUUGCCACCAAGUCCCUCCUCCUGUCGUCGAAGAGCAGCCUCUCCCUUUCCCAGGAUCGGCAAUCCAAAUCUGACGAAUUAGGUUACCUAAGGCUGGAGUAUCAGGGGUGCAUGGCAUUUAGCCCAUCCUGUCACCGUGAGAGGGAGUCAAGUACUGGAAAGACGACUUGGAGUUCUCAAGGAUAUGGACCAGCUGGAUAUGCUUUGUUUGUGGCAGUAUAUGCAGCAUUGGAGGUACGAAAUAUGAAGCGAAAUAUUGGUCUAUUUUCCGGGUUCAUUUGGACCGGUAAUGAGGAAAAACAGAAGUCAAAAGUUAAGGAGAAGCUUGACAAGUGCGUAAAGGAAAAGCUUAUAGAUUUUUGUGAUGUGCUCAAUAUUCAAGUAACUAAAGCCACAGUGAUAAAGGUAGAACUCACUGUAAGAAUCAAGGACUUCUUGGAAUCCCCAUAUGCUACAACUGAUGUUUUGCUCGCUGAUUAA